CAGAUAAACACAGAAGUGGAGAGAGAAUUUUACCCAUAUAUUUAUCUGUAAUGCCUUUUCGAUAUCCCGUUGUUUUCAUGUUAGAUAUUUGAUUCAUCCGUAGAUCCUCGAUUUGUUGUUCUUCGAAUCCGAUCCAGAUCGAUUGGAUCGGUCAUCAAUGGCUGCCUCUCGACGUCUCCGAGAUAUGCAAGCGCAGUCAGGCAACAAGAUCUGCGUCGACUGCUCUCAGAAGAACCCUCAGUGGGCAUCGGUAUCUUAUGGCAUCUUCAUGUGUCUUGAAUGUUCCGGCAAGCACCGUGGCCUCGGCGUUCACAUCAGCUUCGUCCGAUCGGUGACCAUGGACUCCUGGUCCGAGAUCCAGCUGAAGAAGAUGGAGGCCGGUGGUAAUGAGCAACUCAAUUCGUUUCUCGCCCAAUACGGGAUCCAAAAGGAGACCGAUAUCGUCACUAAGUAUAACACACAGGCUGCCAGUAUAUAUCGAGACAGAAUUCAGGCUCUUGCUGAAGGUCGCCCAUGGCGGAAUCCCCCGGUGGUUAAAGAAGCGGUGGGGAUCGGGAAGAAGAAGCCACCGUUGCCGCAGAGUGGAGGUGUUGGAGGCAGGGAUGCUAAUUCUGGGAGCAUGGGAGGUUGGGAUAGUUGGGAGAAUGAUGAUGGGUUUAGCUCGGAUAUGAGGCGGAAUCAAAGCGUUGGGGAUUUUAGGGGUGGGAGAGGUGGUGGAAUGCCAGCGAGAUCGAGGUCGUCUCAGGAUAUUUACACAAGGUCACAGUUGGAGGCAUCGGCUGCGAACAAAGAGAGCUUUUUCGAGAGGAAGAAGACGGAGAACGAAUCUCGCCCUGAAGGGAUUCCACCUUCGCAAGGGGGGAAGUACGUAGGUUUUGGAUCGACGCCUCCACCAAGUAGGAGUAAUUCAGAAGGGGAUGUUCUAUCUGUUGUUUCUCAGGGUCUUGGUAGGCUAUCCCUGGUUGCGGCAUCUGCUGCUAAUGUGGUUCAAGCUGGCACAAAAGAGCUCACUUCGAAGGUGAGAGAUGGUGGUUAUGAUUCCAAGGUAAAUGAGACAGUUAAUGUAGUGACGACAAAAACAACCGAGUUAGGGCAAAAGACUUGGGGGAUUAUGAGAGGUGUCAUGGCAAUGGCUUCCCAAAAGGUUGAGGAAUACACAAAAGAAGGCUCGAGCGGGGAGGCUGAUAACUGGCAACGGAAUGAGAGUGAGAGAAAUGGGUACUAUCAGGAUUUCGGGCAUGAGAGCAAAGGGUGGAACUCUUCUGAAGGUGGGCACUCUUCAUCUGGUAGGCAGUUUAGUUCUGUCAGUUCUACCUCUUGGGAUGAAUGGGACAGUAAAGACAAUCAAAAGGAAGAAUUUGGGAAGGGAUCAGCAUCCCAGAAUGGGGAUAGCUGGGCAGGGUGGGAUGAUCCUAAAGAUGAUGGUUAUGAAAAUUUCUACCAUAGUUCAUCCAAUAAGAGCAGCCUGGGUCACAAUGGAAAAUCUGAUGCAACAUGGACACAGGGUGGUUUCCUGUAAGUCUAGUUGUUAAUUGUUAUUGCAGUUGUGUUCUACAUUUUUUUUUAAAAAAAAUUUCCUUGAUGGGGGAGAAGUAAAGGUUUGUGUGUUUAAUUUAGCUAAAAACUGGCUUUUCACAUUGGGGUUACUUCCCAAUAUAAAUAUCUACAUUUUGCUGCCUGGGAAACAUUUGUUGUUUAAGGUUUUUCUAAAACUCUAAUUCUAGAUACUUGUUCAAUGUUUAGUGAUUUGAUCCAAAACCUAAGCAAAUAUAUGUGUGCCUGUUGUUU